GAAGCGGGCAGGCGGGAGGCGUGGCCAGGUCACCUGCAUUCUGCUGUGUUUUGCGUCAACAGGUGGUGCGCCGCUUCAUUCCAGCCCGCCUGGCUGCCCGCGGAGGCACACGCAAAGCUCAGGAUGGCGUACGGACCCGUGACGGCGGAAGCGGCGGGCCGCAAGCGGCGCUACAUGCGCAAAGAGGGCGGCUGCAACGUGGUGUUCCGCAACCUGCCCCACGAGUGGCUCCGCUUGGUGGCCGACAUCUUCACCACCCUGGUGGAGCUCCGCUGGAGGGCCAUGCUGCUGCUCUUUGCACUCUCCUACAUCCUAUCCUGGCUCUUUUUCGGGAUCCUCUUCUGGGUCAUCGCCUUGGCUCACGGCGACGUCCAGGACCGCGAGACGGAGCCGUGCGUCUACCAGGUGCGCAGCUUCACCGCCGCCUUCCUCUUCUCCCUGGAGACCCAGACCACCAUCGGCUACGGCGCCCGGGGCAUGUCGGAGAACUGCGCCGUGGCCAUCGUCGUCGUCACCGUCCAGGACGUGGUCAGCUGCUUCAUCGACACCUUUGUCAUCGGCAUCGCCGUGGCCAAGAUGGCCUCGGCCAGGAAGCGGGCGCAGACGGUGGGCUUCAGCCACUGCGCCGUGGUCAACCUUCGCGACGGACACCUGUGCCUUUCCUGGCGGGUGGGUGACUUCCGCAGCAACCACCUGGUGGAGGGGACGGCGCGCGCUCAGAUACUGCGCGCCGAGGUCCACGCCACCGGCAGGGUGGACGUCAGCUACCGGGACCUGCUCAUCCAGCAGCCUGACAUUGUUCUGGUGACUCCCACCGCCGUCUGCCACCGGAUCCAAGAGGGCAGCCCGCUCUACGGGAUGAGCGCGGCCGAGCUGCGGCGCUCCGACCUGGAGGUGCUGGUCUCCUUCACCUACACGGACGACAGCACGGGCACGCUGCACCAGACGCGCACCUCCUACACGCAGGACGACAUCCGGUGGGGUCACGUCUUCCAGGAGAUGAUCCGGGCUGGCGGGAGCCGCUACGCCGUCGACUACCUGCUCUUCAACCGGACCGCCGAGGUCCCGGCGCCCCAGAUCAGCGCCCAGGCCUAUGGGCUCAAGAGGUCACCCUCGCCGAGAGACCGGGCCGGCAAAAAUGAUGCCGCCGCCGCCCGGGCACGCUAGCCGAAAACGCCGAGGCUAACUCCGAGGUCCAUCUCCUCCGAGAAGAGCUCCGUCCGGUGUGCCUGCCUUCUACUUCAGAGAAAUAUUUGCUGCAUAGGAGCCCGCGACCAGAAAACGUGUACAAGGUUGAACGAGAGACGCGUCUUCACUCUCUGCUACAAAAGUUCUCUUUACAUACAUAACAUCGAAGAGAGGCUCUUGUCCAAAAAAAAGGCACGCGGAUGUUCUGCGCAAUCGUCUUUGUUCUCUGGUGGAGAUUCCAGCGUGAGCUGGAAUUUUGUCAUCAUCAAAAUGGGAACGCCAACGAAGAACAAAGUGAAAGUUGCAUUGUAGUCACACAAAACCAUCGCGCCUGUUGACACUAAAUAAAAGUCCGCUCCGUUGACAUGAAAACAUGA